CAGAGCAAUUUCGACUGUCAACAGACAUCGCCACAAAAGAAGAAAACAGAUCAGUGGUAAAGAAAAGCCCAAAAUGUCGGAUGUUUCAGAGGAAGAGUGGAAAAGAGCUCUGACUUCCAUAGUGGAGGAUCUGGAGCCUGAACAGUACAUAAAGAUGCUGGAAUGUUUGGAAAAAAUCCCCAAAGGUCAGAGGUCUAGCACGUCCAGAGAAAAGAUGCCUGGAAAAAUCAUUGAGCACUACGGACUACUAAACUCCAUCUCUGAAAUCAAUAAAGCAAUGGAUUACAUUCCGAGGAAGGACCCUACAAUCCAGGACCUGCUGCGCCCCUUUGUGGACAAACGGGAGAAAAAUAACCGAGGAAAGAAAAGAAAACGUGAGCAGGAUGGAGAGGAAGAAGUGUUGAGAGAUUUGACCCAAGAUCAGCCUAAAAUCCUGGAUCAACAGAAGAGCAGCCAACCUGAUGAGGAGAGAAACAUUCCUUUUUGGAAAUCCAUCUGGGAUGUGAAACGGAGUGGAAUUCUUGAGACAGACAUCAUAGUUGGGAAAGUUGUUCAGAAAUCUGAACUGCGCACAUAUAAAAACAAAGACAAAAACUUCUUUUAUCUAGCUGUUGCUGAUAAGACGGCCAGCAUUAAAGUGAUGGUAUAUGGAAAAAGACGCUUCCAACAAAUUAAGAAGGAGAGCUCCUACUUGUUCAUAAAGCUAAUAAUGGAUGAGUAUGGUGUUAAGGUUAUCGAGUCAAGCACAGUGGCAGAGACAAACCCUGUUGAUGUCCCAGAGGAGCUUGAGAUGGAAGCUCGGAAGCUAAUUCAUCCAGAAAGUCCAGUUUACUCCAUUAAAGAAGCCAAAUCAUUUGAUGACAAGACAAAUGUGAGUGUGAAAGGAGAAGUUACAGAGAUUACUCCUGUCAAAAAGACUAAGGUGAAUGGCGAACGGAAGUUGACAAAGAAGCAACAUUUUCAACUUAAAGACGAAACCGAUUUCAUUGAGAUCGUUAUGUGGAGGGAAGCCACCGAGCAAUGCAAAGGAUUAUCAGUCGGAGAUGUCGUUAAGGUUACCAACAUGAAGACCAAUAAGUACUUUGGAAACAUAUCGCUGAACUCAACUGAUUACACCAGAAUUGAAAAGGUUCAAAGUGUCGGCAUCCAGAAUGGGAGAAUUGAGAUUAUAGCGAUCAUAAAAGCCACUCAGAAGGAGACUCAACUAGUGGCAAAGUUCAACGACAAGCCGCAAACAUUUGUUGUGGCUUCCCGACUUUUGGCAAAUACGUUUAACAUUAAUAUAAAGGGAGAUUUUAAAAAAAGUCUCCUCGAUAAAAUGCCAAUCUCAGCAGAGGCAGAAAUUCAAGGAAAUAAAAUCACUAAAAUUACAGCUGCUUAGAAGAUGUGAGAAUAACUUGUUCAUGAAUGUUUAAAACAUACUGGCACAAUGUGGUAACACUUGGCAAAAUCGAUAUUUGAGUUUAAAACAAUCAAAUAACUCUAUGACCACUAUCUGUUUUGUUUUUUUACAUUUUUUUAAAAUUUUCAAAGGAUCUGUUGGUCAAAGAAUAGUGACCCAAAUGUGUAUUGUUUGGGACAUUUCUAUGUAAUUUCAAUGUAUGUCUAUGCAUUAAGAAAAAAAAAGAAGUUUAAGCAGUGAUUUGUAAUAAGACUCAUUGAUGUAUUUCUCCAUGUGUUCCUGGGGUCAAAUUUGACCCGUUUCCAAGUUGUUUUUAUAUUAGAAAUAUGGGAGGUCGAAAUAUGGGAGGUCGAAAUAUGGGAGGUCGAAAUAUGGGAGGUCAAAAUAUGGGAGGUCGAAAUAUGGGAGGUCGAAAAAUAAGCGUCGAAAAUGUCGAACAAGGCGACAAAAUUUUGGGGAAAAAUGCGUAAAAAAUAUUAACACUGGCACAUUAACAGACAUGUUGAUUCAUGUGUGUUGUCCUUUUAAAUAAGUAAGACAGUGUUUGGGAGUUUCUUUGCAAAAAUCAGAUUACAUACUGUACAUUACCUUGUUACCUACAUGUUUAGACAGGCUGACCUGUCUGCACAUUGUUUUAUUACUUCAUUUUGAUUAUGCAUUAUGUUUUCUUGUAUGUCUUUUUUAUAUCAUUACAAAGCACUUUGAGAUGUUAUCUGUGAAAAGUGCAUCAUAAAUUUGCUUACUUAUUUUUAUUGUGGUGUUGAAGUAUGGGUGCAAAAUUCCAACAUGUUCUCAGUCCCAUCGCGUAAAAUACGGACAUUUGGUCAGGUGCCUUUGGCGUUGUUAUUGAUGCUAAAAGACUCCUUUA